AUGAAUACGAUGGAAGGUGUUGUUCUCAAACUUCCUUAUUCUUUCCGAAUCAUUAAACCAAACCCUAAACGCACUAACCGUGCCUUCCGCACCGUACCUUUAGCUUCUGCUUCUGUUACGGUCGCCUCACCCGACCCGAUUCUUGGACCUGGCUCUCUCGGUCACCUCACCCGACCCGAUUUUCCCAUUCUCCACCAGGAGGUGAAUGGGAAAAAGCUUGUGUAUUUAGAUAAUGCCGCGACGUCCCAGAAGCCCACUGCGGUUUUGUUGGCAUUACAGAAGUAUUACGAAGCUUGGAAUUCCAAUGUUCAUCGCGGAAUUCAUUAUUUAAGUGCGAAGGCAACAGAUGAAUAUGAAUUAGCAAGACAUAAGGUGGCGAAUUUCAUCAAUGCGUCGUCUGGAGAGAUCGUGUUCACAAGAAAUGCCACUGAGGCCAUCAACUUAGUCGCUUACUCUUGGGGCCUCUCGAAUUUGAAGGCCGGAGAUGAGGUUAUUUUAUCAAUAGCAGAACAUCACAGUGCUAUUGUUCCUUGGCAAUUUGUAGCUCAAAAGACUGGUGCAAAUUUGAAAUUUGUAAGUUUAACCGACAAUGAGGUUCCUGAUGUAGGAAAGCUGAGGGAAAUGCUCUCAAAGAAGACAAAACUUGUUGUUGUUCAUCAUGUCUCAAAUGUUCUUGCUUCUGUUCUUCCAGUCAAUCAAAUUGUGAGUUGGGCGCAUGAUAUUGGAGCCAAGGUCCUUGUUGAUGCUUGUCAAAGUGUUCCACACAUGGUGGUCGACGUUAAGAACCUUGAUGCUGAUUUUCUGGUUGCUUCUUCUCAUAAGAUGUGUGGGCCUACAGGCAUCGGAUUCUUAUAUGGUAAAAGUGAGCUCUUGUCUGCGAUGCCUCCUUUCUUGGGUGGUGGUGAAAUGAUAGCUGACGUAUUUUUAGAUCAUUCUACGUUUGCCGAACCUCCAUCAAGAUUUGAGGCCGGAACACCUGCCAUUGGGGAAGCAAUUGGUUUUGGAGCGGCAAUUGAUUAUUUAUCAGGCAUUGGAAUGCAAAAAAUUCAUGAUUAUGAGGUAGACUUGGCUAACUAUCUUUAUGAUAGUCUACAAUCAGUACCCAACGUUCGUGUCUAUGGCCCAGCACCGUCACAAGCUGUCGUUAGAGCAGCACUUUGUUCUUUCAAUGUGGAAGAUGUUCACCCUACAGAUCUUGCUACCUUUCUUGACCAACAGCAUAGUAUAGCUAUUAGAUCCGGCCACCAUUGUGCUCAGCCUCUCCACCGUUAUCUGGGAAUCAAUGCAAGUGCACGGGCAAGCCUUCACUUCUACAAUACGAAAGAGGAUGUUGAUGACUUCAUCGUAGGUCUCAAGGAUACCAUCAGCUUUUUUACAUCUUUCAAGUGA